GAUCAGACGUAACACAAUGGAAGCAAUCAUUUGGUUUUAUUUGUAAAGGUCGUAAUGUCAAAUGUUCAUAGACUAACGUUAUCAACACGUUACAUAUUUCAGUGCUGUACGUAUUUGUUUCUCUACAUAAUAGACGGGAUACAGCCACUUCCACUGGGCACGCGCACUUCAAAACUGUAUAAUUUGCGUCACUCUAAAAACAGUUGAUUUAUAUUUUGUAUUAUUGUAAGGUUAGGUUUAGGGUUUGGGUAGGUGUAGGGGUUAGCUAAUGUAAUUUAUUGGAAUUAUAUGGCGAGAUGUUGCACCACUUCCGGCCGUAGCUGCAUCCCUUCUAGCUACAACCUAUCUGCGAAGAAGAAGACAGAGCGCAAUGCACGACGUAGAAAUGGCUAAACAACAUUACAGUUCGAACGGCGGGCACUUUUUAGCUAAAGGAUCCACCGAUGCAAACCACAAAACACCGUUGUAGAUGCAAAAUCUGUCAUUUCUCGUGUAACGGAGGCCAGCUGUUAGAGGGAGAGCUGUGUGUGCACGCAGAGGCUGCGAGCUCGUCUCUCCCUCGCCGGACCGGUGGCGGUUUCGAGGCUAGGAGGGGUACAUUCCCGCAUCCCUGAAAAAACCCCCCAGGAAAGAAUGAAUUCGGCGAGAGUCCCGUCUGGUCGUGAGGAGAGUAUCACUACAGGUGAGGCAUCAGAAAGUUUGUCAGUAUUUUAUGAGAUCCAAGCGCCUGUGAGUUGGGCGUUGUGUGUUUUUACUGUCCCAGAGAAACCUGUAGGCUCUAUGGUGCGAAAAGCAGGCGGUUACGUCAUCGAGGGCGGAAUGCACUUUGUGUUUGUUCAACGGGUCAUGCACUCCAUUACAACAGCUGCCCAGCUGGACAAGGAAAAACCCAACGCUCGCUUCAGUGAUGGAAAAGUAGAAGCCGGGAGGUACUUUGCAGCUGACCAAAGAGGGGUUUCCUGGGCAGAGCCUGAUGAAGACAUACCAGACGGUAUGUGUAUGGACCCAGAGGGGUGUCAGUGGGUCGCCUGCUACCAUGGAGGAAGAGAUUUGCGCAUUGACCCACAAACAGGCACCCGACUGCAGACGGUGAAACUGGCGGAGAAGACCACCUCGUGUUGUGCUGGUGGAAAGGAUCACGCUGAUCUGUACGUCACCAACAGGCCGUUUGAAGACAUGGAUGGAGAUUCACUGGCCAUACAGCCUUCGGCUGGCUGCCUAUUUAAGGUCACGGGUGUGGGAGUGACGGCCAUUCCAUCGUUCUCGUGUACUGGAUAAAAACCAAGAAGACAGCAAUGACGCUUGUUGAUCCGUUACCAUUUUUUCUGAUGAAACAGCUGUAGUGACUGGAUCAUUGAGAGAAAAGCCUCACUCCCUUUUGUCCUGGUUUCUAGAUACCAACAUCAAAAGACCAUAGCAAGCAUGGCUCCAUGGGUCUGGUUUUGGUCUUUUGAACUCUCACAGAGAGUGUGAUGACCAUUUGGUUCCUCUGUAGGAUAUUUAAGACUCCUUAGCUUCAAAGCAUUGGUGAUAAGUCUCUGUCUCAUCUCUUACUUAACAUCUGAGGCUAAGCAGAGAACUUCUCUGACAAAUAGGAAUUUUAUUUGAUUUAUUAAACUAUCCUUUUCUGUAAAUGUAUCUAAAUGUCUAGGUUGUGUGUUGGCGCACAUGCCAUUUUAAGUACUCUGUAACUGUUGAAUAUACAAGUUUUGAUUUAGGGUUCAUUUGAUGUAUUCAUACAUUGGAAUGAUUCACAGUUCAAUGCCUUGCAUGUUUCAUAUGUAACUACAACUCUCCGAAUUCCCUAUAUGAUGAGCUAUGUUAUAAAACCAUAGCAUACCUCAUACUAUGUCCAUAACUAAGUUUAGGUAUUAAAUGCAAACUGACUAUACUGUCAGAGCCAUGCAAAUGAAGCGCCAUGAGAAACAAAGGAACUUUCUUUGGCCCCUUUAUCACUUUCAUGCCAUUGGCCCGCAGACCAUCUGGGGGCAGGGCAGGUAUGCAUUUAAAACACCAUCACCGAUCCACUUCAUUGGCUCUUGAAUUAGAAAUUGGAAGGGGAAAGAAAGAGGACGCCCCCUGGGGAGGCCAUGGAACUUCGGACUCAGAACCUAAACUCAGCGGUUCAACAGGACUGCAUUCUGAAACCAUUCAAGAUUUCCUUCCACGCGCAUACGGAUAUUGGUCCAACACCGAGAUUGCAAGUAUCCAUCUCUUAAUAUAGAGUAGCUGCGUUAAGAGCGUGCCUCUUUGUUAAAGAUGAUUUUAUUGGUUUUCAGACAUGUUUUACAUGCCUCGCGGCCAUGCCCUCUCACUCUCUCAUUCUCAAUCUCCCUCUCUCUCUGCGCUUCCCAGCGCGGUUGUGUUUCAUGUAUUUGUUUGUUGUCAUUAUGUUUACCAUGUAGAGUAGAAUUUAAUAAAAACC